AUGCAGUCCUAUCUGCAGUAUCGUCGCUUAGGCAAUGCGGUCCGAAAACAACUGGCGGACUUUCCGCUUCAGCAGCAACAGAAGGGCGUGAACGAUAAAGAAGCCGAGAAUGUGAUCGCAAGUGCGAACGCGAACGCGAAUGCGAGCGAAAAACAGACCGAUUCGACUCCGAGCGAUUCUGAAGCUAGCACUGCAGCUGAAAAUGCCAGUGUGAACUCAGACCAGAUCGAGGAGGAUAACGAUAUUCCCUCGCACGACGCUCUCGGUAAAAGCCAUACUCGUAACUCCGAAAAAACUGCCAUCGCGUACCACCUUCCAGGCAUUGAGGUCCGUUCUCAUGUCGACGACUCCUCCGAUCGGCCGAGUCGCGUCUUUGUCGUUGGUUGGGAUGGUGUCAAUGAUCCCCAACACCCACGAAACUACAGUCUUGCCCGCCGUCUGACUGCCACGUUGAUCGUGUCUGCGUUGGGUUUUAUUGUUGGUGCAGCAUCUUCAAUCAAUUCAGGCGUUCUACCACAGAACAAUGCGGCAUUUGGUAUCAGCGAUGUAGUAGGCUCGCUGGUAGAUGGCCUCUACCUACUAGGUUUUGCUUUCGGUUCUCUAUUCAGUGGCCCGCUCUCCGAGAUCCUAGGUCGCAACCUGGUCUACAUUGGCUCCUUAACCCUAUUCAUGAUCUUCGUCAUGGGAUCUGCCCUCGCACCUAACAUCGGCGCCCAGCUUGCGUUCCGCUUCUUAGCUGGUGUCUUCGGUUGUCCACCACUGACAUGUGCAGGCGGUACGAUUGCAGAUCUAUGGAACCCGCUUGAGAAGACAAUUUACUUCCCUAUGUACGCCGUUCUCUCAUUCGGAGGUCCGGUCCUCGGUCCUGUCCUAGCAAACUAUGUCGGGCAAACAGGAGUCCUCUCCUGGCGCUGGAGUGGAUGGAUCAUCCUCAUCGGGUCAGGUCUAGUCAUGGUACUCAUUAUCCUGUUCCAACCCGAGACAUAUGCCCCAUUGCUUCUGCACUGGAAGAGCAAACAGCUACGCAAGAUCACGGGAGAUAAACGCUUCCGCUCAGAAAUGGAUCUGGAGAAAGUGGCUUUGUUCAGCCGCAUUGGCGGGGCUAUGAAGAGACAGUUCCUCAUCACGAUUCAUGAGCCAAUCAUCCUUCUUAUCUCGCUCUAUAUGACUGUGUUGUAUAUCGUGCUCUUCACUUUCUUUGAUGGGUACACUUAUAUCUUCACCGAUACAUAUGGUAUCUCGCAAGGCUUGACGAACAUCAUCUGGGCCGCGAUGUACGUCGGUAUUCUCCUCUGCGCGAUCCUCGUCCCGAUCAUCUACGUGCAUACGAAGAAGGAUUUUACAGCUGCUGCGGAAGUUGUAACUGGCUCCGAUCCCUCUGUUGAUCCACAUGCCUUGGAUGGCGUGCACACGGACCCUGAAAUCAGACUUCUUUUCGCCAUGUUUGGAGCGCCGUUCAUUCCUAUCUCGUUGUUUUGGAUGGGUUGGACGGAUUUCUCUUCUAUCUCGAUUUGGUCGCCCAUCAUUGCUUCGUCAUGCUUCGGCCUUGGUACGAUCUGUGUGUUUAUCAGUUCGUAUAUGUAUGUCAUUGAUUCUUAUGACAUCUAUGCGGCGUCGGCGCUGGGAUUCAUGACUGUUUCACGGUACUGUGCUGCUGGCGGAAUGACGGUUGUUGGAAUGCCGUUCUACAAGAAUAUGGGGGUUCAUUGGACUUUAACAAUCCUUGGGUGCAUUAGUGCUAUUAUGGUGCCUGUGCCUUAUGUUUUCUAUAAGUUUGGACCUGUUAUUCGGAGGUGGAGUAAGUAUGCUGUUACGAAUGAGGUUGAGGUCAAAGUUUGA